AUGCAUGGUCGACCAGGGGUUGGGUUUGGAACCGGUGGCAGGGAAGCUGGAGAGGUGGUGAAUGGAAUGGGCGCGAAGAGGCAGAGGCUUGGUAUGACAUGGCCACUGAUGAAGGUGAAGGGGUGCAGACAUGUGCAGACUGGACGACCCCUGACUGUCUACAGCCAACCUGGUGAACCUGAACCAGAGCCGAAACGCAUCCAGGCCAAGAAGAGACCCAGACCGCCCGCAGAAGAUCCACCAGAACACCUGCUUUGCAGAGCCUUCCUUCAGAGCCAUACGGUUCCGCAACCCAAGGCCAUGGCCAUGCCAAACAAAGAGGCUGGAAGAUCGACUGUUAUUCUUCCACCCAGGCUCCCUGAAAGCACCACUUCGGCUUCCAGUUCGAUCAGUGGAGGCACUCGGUACACCUGGUCAGUGAGAAAGAUGCCGUGGCAAGUGGCUCGGCGACUUGCUGAGUGGACGGAUGGCAACUUGACUGAGGCACAGACUCAGAUUAUCCAAGCCAUGAAGCGUUGUUCUCGUGGUAAGGCAAGCGAUGGCAACUGA